AUGAGAAAUGGUGGAGGAAGGAGGAAAAGAGUGGAACUGCGAGUGCCAUUUCUUGUUUUGUGUGUAUUGGGGAGUGGUUUGGGGCUGCUAAUGCUUAUGAGUAGGCCAUUGGACGUUCGCACUAGCGUGGCAUUCCCAAAGGCUUCAAAGAAAGGGUCAAAUUUGGAUUCUAAGCAUCGUGUGGCCUCCAAGACUUGCGCCACCGUGGAAGAGAUGGGCAAGCCUUUCAAAAGAGCUCUUGGUAAGGAGUCUCUCAGAGUCAGAAGGAUCAUUCAUAAUCAUUUUAUUGUCAACGGUGCUUCAAGAGUAAGGGAUUUGCCCCCAGAGCAGUUCUGUAGUCAUGGCUUUGUUCUGGGGAAGACAGCUGAAGCAGGGUUUGGGAAUGAAAUGUACAAGGUCUUAACUGCUGCAGCACUUAGUGUAAUGUUGAACCGAUCCUUGAUCAUUGGCAAAACCAGAGGAAAGUAUCCUUUUGGAGACUACAUUUCUUAUUCCAACUUUACCUUUACGAUGGAAGAAAUCAAGCAUUUGUGGAGACAUAAAAGAUGUGAAAGCAAAUACGGGAAGAAACUAGUUAUGAGGAUUGAUGAUUUUAUGAAACCAAUUGAAACAAACGUUCUCUGUAGCAAUUGGAAGAAAUGGAAGCAACCUAUCAUAUGGUUUCAAGGAACUACUGAUUCCAUGGCGGCACAAUUUUUCUUGAAGAAUAUACACUCUGAGAUGAGGAUUGUUGCUCUUGAUUUAUUUGGUGACCCCAAAGUUCCAGAAUUAAGGCCAAAUGUUUUUGGGGAGCUCAUGAGAGUUCUCAUAUCCCCUUCACAGGAUGUUGAAGCAGCUGUCAAUUGGGUUAUUGGUGCUGGGGAGAAUCCUCACUUCUCAUUGCAUAUGCGAAUGCUUAUGAAUGAUAGGUCUAUAGGAGCUAUACAAGCAGCAUUGCGUUGCCUAAGAAAAGUCAUACAAAGUCAACCUCUAAUGUCAUCAAGACCAAAGGUAGUUUUGGUAUCAGAUACACCUGCUCUUGUUAAAAGGAUCAAGUCUAACAUAAGUGAAUUUGCAGAGGUUCUUCAUUUUGAUUAUGAGAAAUUCAGGGGAAGUAUAUUUAAAAGUUUACCAACUUCAGAUUUUAGAAAGAAGGAUUGGGGUGUAGCUCCAAGAUGGGUUGCUUUUGUAGACUUUUUUUUAGCAUCUCGUGCGAGACAUGGUGCCAUUUCUGGUGCUCAUCGGCGUGUUGGGACUACCUAUGCCCAAUUAAUUGCUGCACUUGCUGCAGCAUACAAUCUAGGGGACAAGUGGUCUAGUUCAAGGUUCAUAUUCUUGAGUAGUUUUCAAAGUAGUUUGUUGAGUAAUGGCCUAAAGAAUCAAAAUGGGUGGGGGCAUGUGUGGAGCAGAUACGCGGGUCCACAGAGUUGUCAUAAUCAGGGGAGCCAAUGUGCCUUCACACCGAUUCUCCCUUUUGCUUGGUGGGACGCCCUCUGGCAAUCUCCACUUCCGAGGGAUAUUCAUCGUCUCGCUUCCUAUGGGGUCCCAUUAUCUUCUCUCGGCGCCGUUGAUAACAGUUUCCUUCAAAAUCACUGUAAGAAAAGGAAAUAUCUCGUAAGAACCAUCAAAUUCAAUUUGUAA